AUGAAGCUGAGAGUGGCAUGUCGGAAAAUCUACGAUUAUGUUCGCUAUGAUCUGAAGGAGAUUGCAUUCCCUUCUUCUUUGCCUGAUCCUCCACACAUCAAAAAGCUUCCGGAGCUUACAUGGAAAGAACAGUUCCUUGCGUUGAAGGAAGCAUCUAGACUCUAUGCUGCUAGCUGGGUGAGGGAUAUUGGUCCAGAGCUUAGACCGGAGGAUUACAAGAGUAAAGCAGAGAGUGAAGAUAAACCUAAUGGGGAAAAAGGGGUGCCGGCAGAGAGGGAGCCAUCCACACUCGAGGAUCUUGCUGUGGCUGCCAAGGGAGGUAUGGAGACGCUAAGGCCCGCUCUGCAGCGGGUUUACAUGACCAGAGCCUCUGCUUAUAGAGACGCUCUCAGGAGUUUCAUAGAAGGUUAUCAAGAAGGCAUACAAAAGGUAAUGGAGAAGAAAGAAGAUUCCAAAACUCAGCAAGGACCGAACGAUCCUAAAAAGUAA